UUUGAGGUUAGGUAAAGAUAUCGUGUUGAUCGUGGCUGCAAUCUGUCCUGCGGCGCCCUUCGCUAACGAUCUUUCCGUUGGUCUUGAAUUUACAUUAAUGAAUAUUAAAUUGAAUUUUUGACUGCUUUUAGCUUCGCACGCCACGUCGCGCAGUGACUUUUCCUUUUAGAUACAUUGACACCGCACCAUUCAUUCUAUUGUGUUUUAAUUGUAGGCAAUGCCUUUAGUGGAUGAUCUCAUGGCUAUCGACUGGAUCAGCUUUGCCUAUGCAGCCACUGUUGCUGGAGGUGGUAUCAUGGGAUAUGUGAAAGCAAACAGUAUACCAUCGCUUAGUGCUGGACUGUUGUUUGGAGGCGUAUUAUUUGCUGGAGCAGUUCUGACAUCAAGAAAUCCCAAUAACUAUUGGCCCAUUCUUGGAACCAGUGCCGUUCUAGGUGGCGUUAUGGGCUACCGUUGGGUCAGUGGAGGAAAAUUCAUGCCGGCUGGAUUAGUUUGUGUUCUCAGUGUGGCCAUGGUUUUGAGGUUCGGUGCUCGGGCAGCUGGACUUACGGAUGUCCAGAAAGUUCGAGAGUAGAAUGCACCCAUUUUUCAGUAGUUUUUCACUCCUUCAUUCUCUGUCAACUCAGGAAGUUUUUCAGCACAUUGAUGUGUCACUUGUAAUCUUCACACUAUGUAUCCGCAAGUCUACGCUCAAAUCCUUAAAGAUCUCCUUUUGACUCUUCGCUCAAACGGUUGAUGUCAUUCCAAAUCUCUGAACUGGUGAAGCAGUUCAGUCCCUGCGUCGCAAGACUGAUAUGUGCAAUUAGAAGUAAAUGCAGAAGUCUGUCAAUUCUUGCCCUAUCAAAGUGAUUUUUUUUAUUGGUGCAUUUUAUUUUCGCAAGGAAUUGUUUGCCUAACCGCUGUUCUGUACCCUACAAACCUGUUUGAAUUUUUGAAUGUCCAUGACCCAGUUUCCCACCUGUAGAUUCUGUUUUUAUUGUUUUUUUUUUUUUUUUUUUUUUUUUUUUUUUUUUUUUUUUUGUGAUUUCUGUGUGGCGUCCUCAAGACAGACUUGUUUUUUAUGAGUGUUUCAAAGGAACAAGGUUUUACUGAGUUUUUCUUUUUCACUGGUAAACAUAUUUUCUGCACCACUUAUACUCUUCUAAGACUGUCCUUUAAAGUGCAACAUGAUUUUUUUUUAAUUUUCUACACUUAAUACAACUUAUAUUCUUUGGAA